AUGGAGUCAGCGGCUCGCAAUGAUGAAAGAAAUAAGCUCUUUCAGAAGUUGAAGCCAUGCUGCGUUCAAAUCAGCCAGCUGGCCCUUAGAAAUGCCCAGGAGCACGCGGCGCAAGCCGAACUACUUGCUUUGACAGACCAGCUGUUGGGUAUCCUCAAUGACCAGAUUCGCACUAACCCUUUGGCCCUCGACGAGAAGUUGGCUGAAUACACAUUCUUCCCUCUCUAUCACAUAUUUCGCCAAAUAGACACCUUUUCAACGAGGCUGAUUGAGAAUUGCGUCAAAUCACUCAACAUCCUCAUUCUCCAUGGAUGGAAGUCUAAAAUAUCCCCCGAGAUGGCCAAGCAAGUCCUAAGUCUCCUGACCUUCAUCAUCGACGGAAUACCGGGGUCAAAGAAUAAGCGAGAUGUCGACGAAGAGACGGUCUUGGAAGCUUUCAGGGGCUUCACAGCUCUUUUCCAGGUCACUGCACAGUCCCCCACGGCCGCUGCAGGUUUGGCAGAAUCUGAUGCAAUCCCGGCCCUUGGUCAUGCCAUCACUGUUAUGCUCGAUGGGGUUGACAAGGGGGCCAAUAGCACUAUAAGUAUCGAAUCACUUCGUGCAAUCCAAGGCGUAUACACAGCAAUACGCGAACAGGCAGCUUUGGCAAACUUCCUCCCUGGGUGUAUUUCCAUACUGACAAAGGUCCUGUCAGCCCCAGCACGCUACAAAAAACUCGUCCUUGUACGAUCCUUGUCCACUUCCGCGUUAAUACUCACUCGUGUGCUUGGAGAUAUGCAAACAAGGUCGAUUCGUGCUAAAGCCGAGCGCAAGGAUGCCGAGAAUGAAGAUAAGGCUGCCCUUCUCAGUCCGGCCUGGUUGACGGCCACGGCCAAUCAAGUCAAGGUCGCCCUUUCAAAUAUGAUGAAACUUCGGUCUUACGACGAGCCGGAGGUCAGAGAAACGCUGCGAAGUCUAUGCAUGACUCUUCUAGAUGAGUGCCACGAUACUUUGUCGAAUUGCUCGAGAGUCUUGGUUGAGACCGCCAUCAUCCUUGACGACGUUGAAGCGAAAUCAUCCUUCACCGAAACAUCACUCAGGGACUUGAUUAGUAUAUACCCGGAGCUCGCAGACGAGGCGAAGGAGACCGUUUAUGGCUGGUUGUCAAGUCUACCACGUCUUAUGCAGGCCAGCGACGACGAUAUGAAAAGCAAGGCCGUUCAUAGCCUAUCAAAGGGAAUGAAGCUCCUCCAAGACCUUGACAUUGAGUCAUCGACCGUUCAAGACACACUGGGAAAUGCGUUGAUCGACACUAUUGUCUCAGCAAUGAAUACAAAUAAGCCACAGACAUCAAUCCAAGGAACAGAUGUCCAACUACUGUCUGGGACUAGCGGUCUCGUAGUAGAAGGCUCUCAAGGCUCCAGUUAUCCACCAAUUGUGUUCAGUCAAGAGAGCCAAAGAGGCCUUAGGGCUGAGAUUGGGAGGCUACUCAAUGUUCUCGGGUCGAAUACGACCUCUUCUGGGUUAGCUACGAGCUUUCUGGAAUACAUACAGAACCCAGGCACCGUCAGCCAAGUAGCUGCUUUCUGGGCUUGCUUUGAAUUGGUCAAGGCAUCGCACCAAUCUUCGGCCGACGCUUCGGAACUGUUUGAUUUAUCUUCAUUUGAUCAAGGUGACGAGGCCGAAGACAUCGAUUUGGUCUUCCGCGAAUUAUACUCCUUCUCUGUGCAGACACUGGACGCGCAUACCCAGGCUUCUAGCAUAGAUUGGCGACUGGAGGCGACCGCUCUUGAAGUCACAGCAUAUGCAGCAAAACGAUCGGGAUCGGCGUUCCGCCCUGAACUUAUUGAUGUCCUUUUCCCUAUUGUCACAUUUCUCGGUUCAGAUAAUCCAAGUCUGCAGCAACAUGGGAUAUUGACGCUCAACAGCAUGGCUCAGAGCUGCGAGUAUGCAAACGUUUCCGAACUAAUUGUCGAGAACGUGGACUAUAUGGUCAACUCGGUCGCUCUACGUCUUAAUACUCUCGAUAUAUCUCCCGCAUCAACCAAUGUUCUAACCAUGAUGAUCCGUCUGGCUGGCCCUCGUCUGGUGCCGUUCCUUGAUGACGUGGUUGAGUCUAUUUUUGCCGCGUUGGAGAAUUAUCAUGGCUACACUAACUUCGUGGAGUCUCUUUUCUCCGUUCUUCAGGAGCUUGUGAACCAGGCAGUCGUCUCGGACAUGCUUCUGCUUGAUGGUCAAAGUCACUCAGAUCACAAGCAUAGCAAGAAAAGCCCGCAGGUGGACGGCCUCAAAGGCCUGGCAGAUUUCAUCUCACGGCGGCAGUCUCGUAAGCUACGGGAGGAUGAGGAGAGGAGAACAGGUGAAUCCACACGUGGCCACCCAACUGCUCCAUGGGGCGACGAGGGGCCUGAAAAAGAUGAAGAAAUGCCAGGUUCUGAACCGGACAAAGAGAAGCCCCCAAAUUCCAUGACAUACCAGCUUCUGCUUCGCAUUACGAAUCUGACACAGCACUACCUGACCUCUCCAGUUCCCCGACUUAGAAGAGCUCUACUUGAAAUUCUCUCCAAAUCAUCUCCGGCUCUAGCAGCCGAUGAAGAUUCGUUUCUUCCUCUCAUCAAUGCUAUCUGGCCCGUGGUUGUGGAUAGGCUCUACGAUUCCGAGACAUUCAUCUCCAUAGAAGCAUGCCAUGCACUGUCCGAAAUGUGUGCCAGUGGCGGAGAUUUCCUCGCCUCUCGCUUCGAGACGGAGUGGGCGGCGAGGCUCGGUGAGUGGUGCAGAAAGGUAAAACGUCAGGUUCAGGCCACCGGAUCACAUUCAGCGACAUCUGUCCAGCAAUCCGUGUCAGCGCCAACAGAGAGUCAUAUCCUACUACCUACAUCAACCGGCGAGUUGGUCAAGUCAACUAGGAAGCAGUCCGCAGUGCUAUCCAGCGACUUGGGGCAACACGCUUCUCCAGUUCGGGUUUGGGAAGCUGUGGUAGGGCUCUUGAAGUCUAUGGUGACAUACGUCAAACUGACGGACGUUAUGUUUGAAGAAAUAUUGGUUCUACUGGCCGAAGUUAUGGAGAGAAGCAAGGAGGUGAGAGAAGCAUUGGAGGUCAUUAAUGCCGAUGCUGUCUGGAUAAUGAGAUAUGAUCGUGGGCUUGUGGCUCAUGUACAGACACCUCUGAUGGAUGAUGUAUCAUUUGCGCAUAUGCAACCGCAAGCAGCAUAG